AGUUUCGGCUUCCAACACGGGGGCCUCGCGCUUCUGACCAACUCGCAUGUGGCUCGUUCGCCAUGGAUGAGCGGAUCAUCACGGAGAUUUUUAGGCGCUUCGACCGCAACAAGGAUGGGAUCAUCAGUCGCGAGGAGUUGUUGGCUGUCUUUGACAAGAUCUUGCCAGGUGCCAAAGACAUGGACCGCUUGAUCCAGCAGAUGGACACCAACCAUGAUGGCCAGAUCCAAUACGAAGAAUUCGUGGUAUGGAUCCUGGGUGCUGGGAAUGGUGAUGCCUACGACAAGGACCGUUCGAGUCUUCUCAAUGCACAUGCGCAAGCAGCGCAUCAGAAGGUGCUCUUGCAACGGCAACCUGGUUCCAGCACAUUCCGAGCAGCUUGUGUUGGUCUUCGGGUCGAACGCCUGCGAGAAAGUCAAACAGGAGUGAAGCGGACGGCCCUGUUUUGGGGGCAGUUGAGCAGUGAACAAGGCCGGGCAAGCCUGGCGACGUUGCGGUCAGAUCCUCCAAGAGGAGCUUUGGCCGUGGUUUGCGCAGCCCACAGCCUGCUGAGAGUUUCCAGCAAAAAGAUUCACUGGGAAGAGGCGGAGGCGAUGUUGGAAGAUGUGGAUGCCUUCCUCAUGGAGCUGAAGGACUACAACCCCUACAGGGUCCCAGCCUAUGUGGUGCAGUCCUUCGAAGAGAAUCUCACGCUUCCCUACUUCGACUACAAAAGGAUGGAGGAGCGCAACUACGCCUGCGCCUGCCUGGGUUCAUGGGUCAUCGCCGCCGUGCGAAGCUGGAGGGAAGCGAAACAGAUGGUUCCUGUCGAAGAUGCGGCCCUGCGGGCAGAUGCUGCUGUGGCAGAGGUCAAGCAGAAGCAGACCUAAGAGUCUCGAAGGAUGCGGAGGACCUAGCCACUGGUGCCGUGAACACUGGUCUCACCAGUCUUUCCCCGGCCUCUCGCGCCGCGCAGGGGAUUUGUGGGUAGGAAGCCGUCAGAGCAAGACAUGUGGUGUUAAGCCCUAAUUUUCACGCGUG